ACUGAGCAGCAAAACAUGCUUCAAACAGACUCGGAGUUCACUAAAACGCGAUGGAUCUGUACCGUCAUCGGACUGGGCUUUUACCUGGUGGACAUUGUGACAGAUGUUGGACUAGCAGUGAAUUACUUCCUGGUCGGAGACCUGGUCUGGGCUGCGCUGACUUUACUGUUCGUGGUGGUUGGCUCAGCAGCCACACAGGUCUUCAGCUACACCUGGUACAGAGAUGACAUGAGAAAACCCCUUGCUAACCCAGGUGGAGAUGGGCUGAUAUGUGAGAUGAAUAGAGGAGGACUGAUUGGACUCCAUGUCAUGCAGACGGGCAUCUUCACCAGGUACCAUGACCUGUUGAAGGUGGGAUACAGGGCUGUUUUCUCCAAGCCUCUUGGGCCUGUUGAAUGUCCCAGAGAUGUGCACCUGGCACUGUUUGGCCGAGCGACUGAUCUGAGCAUGCUCAAACUGUUUGAGACGUUUCUUGAGAGCGUUCCACAGCUAGUCCUCCAACUCUACAUUAUGCUGGGCCACGGACACAGGUCCAUACUACAACGCAUCUGCAUGGUGGGUUCAUUCAUCAACAUCGCCUGGGCUAUAGUGGACUACCGCCGGUGUCUCCGUCGAUCCUUACCCCAGGUCCGAGAGAUGCCUUCUGGCCUCCCUACCUUCGUCUACCUCCUAUACAAGCUGUUGACCAUCACCGCUCACAUCCUCAGCCUCAGCCUCUUCCUCGUCCUCAGCCCCUACAGUACCCUGGGAAUGGCUGUCGUCUGGCUGGCUGGAACCCUCUGGGCCCAUUGGGUCCGUACUGAUUUCUGCAUGUCUAAAGGUCUAGAGAGGCUCUAUCGGAUCAUCGUGGGAGUCGUCCUCAUAUUCACCUUCUUUAACGUGAAAGGACAGGAUACCAGAUGGCCGAUGGCUGUGUACUACGUUCUCUUUGCGUUAGUGAACCUCUCUGGUCCUUUGCUGCUGGUUCUGGUGAGGCCAGAGGUUAACGCUACUGCGUACUUCUGGCCGGUGACUCUGCUGAUAUUUGGAGGGACCGUUCUAGGGCUGGUCUGUCUGCUCCUGUAUUAUACUGUCUGCCACCCCAGAGGGAGGAGUCUACAGGCAGAUGAGGUGGAUGGACACAUGGGACAGGAGAGAGAAACAGAGACGCCAGACAACACGGUGAGAGGUAGGAACUUCCUACAGCUCUGAGCCUCGUUUCCUGCACCACUCUGAACGACCUGAACGACCUGAAUGACCUGAACAACCUGAAAGAUCUGAAAGACCUGAAUGACCUGAAUGACAUGAAAGAUCUGAAAGACCUGAAUGACCUGAAA